UACAUUUUUACUGUUAUCACUAAGGACAAACAAAUGCAAUACAUGCUGGCAAGGGCUUACAUGUAGCCUGAUAAAAUGGAAAAAAUAAAUGCGUCGCAUUUUAUUUCAAGGGACGGGUUUAAGCUUUGAUGGGCAGCCUACAGGAUAAGAGACAUAGUAGCAGCCAUUCAGCUGCAAAACUUUCAUGCGACGUAAACCACCCCAAACCAAACGCAGUGUGAGCGUGCGCGUUCACGUACGCAUUGGUCGACAGAAAAUGGCGAGUCUGUGCAAGAGGCAGCAAUGUAUGAUCGAGAGACGCGGCAUUCGACAGGAUCUUGAUUCGUGGCGGUAUAAACUUAUUCAAUGUGUAGGUUUUGAGAGCAUUUUGGAAGGAUUGUUUGGGUCAAGGCUGAAAGACGACCUUAGAUUAUUUAAAGAUUGUCAGCCUGAAGGUGUGUCAGAUUGGUCAUUUGAUGAAAAUUGUCUUUUCUGCUGCUUAAGACGAGAGAAAGUCAAGGAACACCUACUUGGCCUAAACAACGACAGUUUGGGCAGUGUGGCAAGACCACUGUCCUUCAUUAAAGAUCAGUUUAAUAUCAGCAAUCUUGAGCGGGAAGCAGAGGAAUUUCUCAAUGCUGUCUUGCACAGGAAAGACCUACCAAGCUUCUCAGACCCGGACAUUCCUGUAGUGGCUCGUGAGAUCAUGCAGCGAAUGAUCCGUCAGUUUGCUGCCGAAUAUACCUCAAAAACCAGCGCUGCUCAGGGCGCUCCCCAGCCCAACGGCGCUUCGGACCAAAGCCUGCUGACCACACACUCCCACACCCCUGCACCUGCACCUGCUCCGGCCCCUGCUGCUACUGCUCCGGCCACCCUCACCUCGGCCAGGAACCCUGUCCUCAGCCAGCUUCUUAUGGCGGAACAGGAGGCUCCCCUCGACCUCACAGUCAAGAAGCCUGACGCCAUUGUCUGUGAGCAAGAUGGUGUCCUUGACCUCUCAACCAACAAGAGCCGUAACAAAGGUGCCGGGUCGGCCCGAGCCCCUACUGCACCUUUGGUUAAGGGUGACUCUCACGACCUGGAUCUUGCUUAUGCAAGCGAUCUCCAGUCCACGUCUGACCUAGAGCGAUUCAUGGCCAAGCUCUGUUUGCAUCACCAACGUCAGAUUGUUGAUGCGCUGGGAUACUUGGAGACUGAAGUCAAGGCUGAUGCUUCAUCCAGUGUUUCAAAUGUCGCCGCGAGAGAUGAGCGGCAGCCUGGGAGCUGUGGCCUUGUACCUUGCCAGCAAAGCUCAGAGGUCCAAUGUUCUUCCAAAGCCAGAUGCAAAGCAGAGGUGUUGGAAUUGGCAAUUCAGGGGCACGGCAAAAAGGUGGCGCUAGAAAAAAACACUUACUUUCCCGAUUCACGUAAUGUCCCUGGGAAUGGUUCACUUUUAGAUCUUCGUAAAGACAACAUUUUGUCUUCUCUCCUCACCAGUUCACAUGAAUAUGAAACUCUGAGCCGCCAGUACCAGUCACCCCAUGGAAUCAGCAGUACCAGCUCUCUGCAUUUUUCACAAGCUAAAGACAAGGUGUCAAGUGGUCAUCUCUUUUUCACUGGCACUUUAGAAGAGCAGCAGUGUGCUUCUGACAAUUUAAUGCAAACAAGUAGCAGAGAAUCAGACAUUGAUGUGUCACCAUCGUAUGACCGACAUGAAUUCUCAGAACCUCUACAAAGUUUUCCAAUACGUACCAAAGAUAUCCAAACCCGCCCUUUGUCAGUCUUGAGGACUUCUGCUGCAGUUUCUCCUAACACACCAAGAACAGCUAGAAAAAGCAGAAGAGGAUCUUUCCCUCGAACAAAGGAUGGUUCUCUUUGUCGCAUUGAUCCCGAUAGCCAUUGUGACAUAGUUUAUAUUGGGAAAUCCAUUACGGAGUGUCAGUUGGAGUCUUCAAACCGGAUGCUACCACGACGGAAUGCCAGGAAAAGCAUUAGGGGUCACAUGUAUACUGAAGAGUUCCUGGAGCUCAAAACUGUACGAACACUGGCACGGAAAUCAGCAGAAAAUGGAAGUGGUAAUUGUCCGGCACCAAUGCCUGUCAUCACUUUAGUCACUCCAAAACAGGUCCUUGCCAAGCCAGACGGUGUCCCCCCAGUGGACAUGCCAUUUGCUGGAGGUUGUGGGGAAUCCGUUGUGCAGACAACACCAUCGGAAACACCAGUGGAGAGCGAAAUGCUUGGUGAUGUGUUGACAAAUGUGAAUGAUGUCGAUGUGGUUGUGGAAACAAGUCAGACUGGUCAGACAACAUGCCCAGACAAGAUAGACGCUCCUCCUGAAGUUAUCACACCAGUAACAGUUCAGAAGGGCAGUCCGUCUGAACAAGAUGAGGAUGUAUGCACUGCAGAGCCACUUUCCCAGCAAUCAAUGGAGCUACCUGCCACCGAUGAUCUAGAGAAGGCAGAUUUUGAACAGAAUAACGAAAGCGUUGAAAAUUCCGAACCAGUGCUGGAGAUGACGACAAAAGAGGAUCCACCAUGUGAGCAGUCACCUAAGCCACUUUCUGUCUCAGAUGACAAGGGUAUAGAUGAGCCCUGUGUCGUAAAUGAAUCACCAGCCCUGGCACAAGAGGAUGACCUUAGUUUGAAAGAUAAAGAAACUAAUGUAGUGUUGAAAGAACAAAAUGUUGGCUUACACGUUUCAGCUGAUGUAGAAGGACUGUCAGAAACUUCAGCGUUAGCGGAAGAGGCUUUUGACGACACCACUCAAGAUGAUGAGGUGUUAGAUGAACAUUCCGGCACUGAAACAGAAUUGAGCACUGUUCGAAGCAGCUGUGAAAAAGAGGAGAAAGAAGUUGAUGAGCCCACUAGUGAAUAUACUUGUUCCGAUACUCCCCCAGAAACAUAUUUGGAGAAGGAAGAAGUGGCGAGAGAGGUUUUGAGUUCACCAGAGAGUAAAAAACUGAAAAAACGCAGAACCUUUGGCAGCUCUGACAGACGAUUGCGCAGUAGGGCCUCAGGUGUUGAAGAGGGAUCCACGACCCCUGAGAAAAAUGAUAAAACCGCAUCAGCACAAGUCUCUGAUUCUGCUGCAGAAGAACCUAAGAGUCCUGAGACAAAGCGUCCUUUGAGAUCCGUUAAGGCAAAACCAUUAGCAAGUGAUGUAUCUACCAGUGAAGCUCAGCACAGUGCAGAAGUCUGCAAAGAACCAACACAACAGUCCAGCACUGAUCAAUUGGACAAAACAGCUGAUUCAAGUUCUAGUGAGAACCCAGAAGCAGAUUACGUGGUGCUGGCGAAAAAGAUGCUUAGGUCAGGGCAGGCAAAGCAGACACUUGAUCAAGAGGGAGAACAGAAGGCAGUUUCCCCAGUAGCAAACAUCACUGAUGCUCAGAUUUCAACAACCGAAGAGCUAGAAGAAAAAAAGGAAACUCCUGAGACGGACAAGUCACUUUCAGACAUGUCUGAACAGACAGGAUUGAAAGAUUUGCAUGUUCCUGAUCCUCCCAGUAAAGAUAGUCUUAUGGAGCCACUCAGUCCUGAGUCAGACCCCUCUCUUGUGACGAGCCCUAGAGUCUCAAGACAUAUGCCUUUGAGAAGCAAGACCAGCCCUGUGGACAGCAUUACACCUCUACCUAUGGGGAAGUCUUCCACAGAAAAUACAGUCGAAAAGUCUGGACACAUGCCUCUAAGAAGUGCAAGCACCAUUGUAGCUGACGACGCGCACAGGGAUUCCCGAAGCACCUCCACAAGUUCUGCUGAAGAAAAAUUUAGAUACAUGCCGUUGAGAAGCCGAAUAGGUAUAGAUAGUGAUGGCAGUUCUUCAGCUGGAAAUCAUUCUGAGAGUGCUGGGCGUAUGCCCUUAAGAAGCAGCAGCAUUAUCACACCCAUGAGCCCUACAACGUCUGCAAGGGCCAGGAAAGCUCAGAGAUCUCCCAGGCUUUCCAAAUUUGGAGUCCUUUCCUCAGACACAGACACUGAACAGAAACCUAUUAGAUCCCCUCGGAAGACUAGACCUGGAAAGGUUACGCAGGGUCAAAUGAAGGGACCUGUUAUGCCUUUCAUUUUGCCUGGCAUCCCAAACUCUGAGCCCGUAGCACCAAAUCCCCACAAGUUCUUGCAGGCCCUAAGAAGAGAAGAAAAUCAACACCUUGUAAUGAACCUGAAUACCAAAUUUGAUAAAAUGCAUAAAGGGUGGGUCCACACGGAUAAAGAAGGGCCCCAAACACCAAGAUCCAGGAACAAAGCAGACCGCCUGAAAGACAUCUGGAAAAGCAAGCGUAGAAUUCGAAAACCCAGAUCUUUAGAACCCCAUAAAUUUUCACCUGUACAGAUGCUAUUUAUGAAAUCCUUUGAUUUGCCUAGCAUUUGUCGCUGGUUCUUGCAGUCCACAGAAACAAAGUCACUCGUCAUUGUCAAAAAGGUAAACACACGACUUCCGUCUGAAACGCAGCUGUUUUUUAACAGUUCGUCCUCUAUGGCAGGGACCUCACAUGGUGUCUUUCCGAGUGUGCAAGCAGAGCGUUUGAAGAAACACCUGAAGAAGUUUGCCAUUGCCUCCCCGGUCAAGAGCAAUGCCAAGAGUCAAAAGCUUAUUGCUGAGGCAUUGGAAAAAGAACCCAUCAUCAUAAAGUCGAAAGAAAAAGGGCCGUUAACCACCGCUACUCGGAUGUCCACCAAGCCUCCGAGUUUCAGGGGUGCGUCACAGUCCACUGAGAGCCAGAAGGCCUCAGGUGUUGGGAAAAACCCAGCUAGUGCCAGGAUCCUGAGAAAAUACUCCAACAUACGAGAGAAAUUGCAAGGGCAGCAGCAGACGAGAAAACCGCAGUCGAGAAAAGACCCUAAGGCCGGAAACAAAGGGCCGUCCAAGCAGAAGUUGUCCUCCAAGCAACAGAAACUGGCGCUUUCAAAGAGAAGUGGCGGUAAAGGCACAAAAGUUCCCAAGAAAGAAAAGGCUAAGCAGUCCCCCUUGAGUAAAAAGAGUGCAGCAAGGACUUCUGGUAAAGAAAAGGUCACAAAGACAACCAGCAGUAAAGCAUUGAAGGAACACGCAGAUAAAGAUGGCCCUGCACCCAAGAGGGUUCAGCAGGCACAGGUGUCCCCCAAACCACAGAGGGUUCAGCAGGCACAGGUGUCCCCCAAACCACAGAGGGUUCAGCAGGCACAGGUGUCCCCCAAACCACAAAGGGUUCAGCAGGCACAGGCGUCCCCCAAACCACAGAGGACCAUAACAGCUACUCCCUUGAGUCCAAAAGCUAACACACACAAAAAAGAGAGUCCAGCAGAGAAACACGGAGGCGAAAAAUCUCUGCAAACUACAAGCAGUGACUCUAAGGCAGAUAUAAGGAAGACGGCACCCACGAAAGCUCUCGGGAGUCCUGAGCCGUCAGUCGCACAAGACCAAGUGCUUACAAGGUCUCAAAGGAAGAUGGAGGCCGCACAGCGCCUGAGCGAGUCUCCUAAGUCUGCCACAAAGAGAGCCCAAGAUCCUGUUGUAACUCCAGUGAAACGUACAAGGACAUCACUCUCGAAAACAAAUUGAAGAAUGCAGACAAAUGGACUGCAGGAGUGGGAAGUUGAAUAACCACUCUUAGAUUGAGGACAGAGAUAGUCAUGCAGUAUGUGUACAUUCAAGGUUUGCUUAAAAAUUAUAAUUUUUCCCCUCUUAAUUCGUAUAUAUACAGGAAUAUAGAGGAGAGAAAAACUUGGCAAUCUGUUUGUAUGUAAAUAUUGAAAGAAAGAAAAAAAACGUAUUUAAAUCCCAAUUUUGCAAUUUUGAUGCUGAAUGUUUUUUUUUUUUUUUUUUUUUUUUUUUGUCCUGUGUUUUUUUUUUUAUGUGACGUUCCCAUGUAAACAAUGUGACCUGCUGCUGAGGGGCAUACUCACUCCUCUAUCCCCCUAGAGCCGCACAAUGCUUGCAAGUAGGGCUGCGCAUGUACAUUUGCUAGGCUUUAGGAAGAUUCUUAUUUCCCACAUAGCGUUUUUUUACCUGGGUUUGUAGCAUGUUAGUUGGAUGACCAUGCACACCAUCAAACAAACAAAAAGCCAUGACUGAACCGUGAAUGAAAUGCGUUAAUUUAAGUGAAACUGAAACCGGACAUUUUUUUUUUUUUUUCGUUGGGUGUUUGAGUGAAAUCCAUCGCUCACAUUUUUUUUUUUUCAUAGAAACAUUUGCAGCCCUACUGGCAAGAAGUGGUUGUGUGGGACUUAGAUCAGGUGCCUUAUUUAUCAGUGUGAUGUAGACUAUUUCUGGACAUAAAGCCUCGCUUCUCGACCUGUUGCCCAGGCCUGUACUGUAGGGAGAAGGAGGUCCUUUUCAUGCACAGUCCUAUUUGUCUUCCCCUUCAUUUUUAACCAUACUUUUGUUUUUACAAACAUGGAUAGAAACAUGGUUUAGCUUAUUACUUUAACCAUGAAUGCAUUUCUUCCAAUUAUCUUUUUUGUUUUAUUUUUUAAGUCUGGACAGUAAAGCAAGCAUUAACUGUAGAUUGUGUUUUAUAUUAGAUUAAUGGAGUUAUUUGACAGAGGUUUCAUUUUGGCCUUGGUGUUUUUUUUUUGACCUCAGAUUGUUAGACCGUGGCAAUAAGUACAUAAUCUGCACAUCAUCUUUGUCCAACCUGUCCCGUCCAUACUCUUGGUUAAUCUGAGGCUAAGAAAUACAAUUAAAAAAAAGCGAGAGAAAAAAAAAGGUUAACAAAAAAGGUUGCACAUUUUUCUUUUUCCUUGUAAGUAGGGCACUAAAAAUUCAAACUUUCCCCAACGUAUACAUACUGGGUAACCUUAUUCAGAAAGCAUUACUAUUGUUGGAGCGGAAUGAAGUGUCGUCGUGUCAAAAGCAUUACUCUACUGUCCUUUUUUUCGCUGGCUGAAAUGUAACUGCACAUUGUGGUUUCCUCCUGUAGAUUUAUGCUUUUCAAUUGCUUGUUCAACCUCUCUAAAGCCGUUUUUGUAGUGCAGAAAGCUGUAGCCUAUUGUUUGCAUGGUGUGUUUUGUAAGGCAGCUUCACCACCCAACCACAAACCCAGUUUUACUUUAGGACACCCAGAGGCUUUCUGAAAUCCCCAUUUAUAAAGCUAUGCAUGUACAGAUGGAUACCAUGGUAAACUGAAUUCUACCAAUUCUAUUAAUUUAAGAUAUGGUCCAAAACAUUGAUAAUAUAUGAAACUUCUGUGAAGAUGGUUCACUGAGGUCAGUUAACAACAUUAUGUGCCAGGAAGUCUCCGUUGUCACUCCCCAGUGGAUAUGUUAAGUUAUUUAGAGUUCUAAUUUAAUUUUACUGAAACAAAUAUGAAUUAUAGAUAACCUGCAGAGAGAAAUACUACCAAAUACUAUGAUUCUAUGAUGUUCUUCUAGGAGAGUAAAAUGUCUGUUCAGUUUGUAUCUUUACAGUUUAUAUUUGGCUUUUCAAAGAGAACCAACCACUUGCGACUACAUAUAUUUAUUUCAGGGAAUUGUGGUUGUUAACAAAUUACUAUUCUUUCCCGUUCAGAAGGUAUCAUUCAGUAUUUACUAGUGUAAUUGGAAAUGUGUGUGUGUGUGGUACUAUUUUCAUCAAUAGCGCGAUCUCUGUAUCCAUAUGUUUGGGAAAUAAAUAAGUAGCACAGUACCAUGUUUUAGUGAUCUUGGCUUUAAAUUCUUAUUCAUUGUAAAUGCAAAUGGUGGUACCUUUCUGUUUUUAUUGUUUAUUUGAAACACCUGGCAGCCAGUAUGUGUUCAAUGCAGUAGUUCCCCAAGCUAACUACAGACAGACUUGAACAUUUAAUUCUUUGCAGUGGAAAUCUAUAGUUCUCCUUUUUUGCUUAUGUAUUUUAAGAUGACUCCAGUUAUUUGUGUUGAGCCCAAGAUACUUUUUUCCACUUUGCAAUAUGAUUUUCCUGCGGUGCACAUAAAAAUGUUUGAAUGUUUCA